AUGGUUACUGAUACGUAUUCGAAGAUGAUGUCCGAGAUGUCAAUGCGAUCCAUGCUCAAGAACAACGGCGGCGAUUACAGUGAAGAUUUGAGUCUGUUGAUUCGUCAGCAGAGGCAAGAAGUGAGUGACAGAGAGAAGGAGCUCAAUCCAUAUCGAAGUGGGUCGGCCCCACCAACCGUUGAAGGGUCCCUGAACGCCGUCGGCGGCCUUGUAGACGACGUUAACACCGAGGAGGAGCUCCGGUCUGAUCCGGCUUAUCAUAAGUUUUACUAUGCAAAUGUCAAUCUCAAUCCGCGGCUGCCGCCGCCGAUGAGGUCCAAGGAGGAGUGGCGGUUUGCGCAGCGGGGCGGCGGCGGAGGAGGGUCUGGGGUUGGAGGCAUUGGGGAUAGGAGGAAAGGCGGGAGGGGUGGUGGUGAAGGUUCCUUUUUUUCGGUGCAGCCGGAGAAUGGGGCGGCGGCAAGGAAUGGAGAGUGGGGAGGAGAUGGGCUGAUUGGGUUGCCCGGGUUGGGGCUUGGGAGUAGGCAGAAGAGUAUUGCGGAGAUUCUUCAGGAUGAUAUACAGAAUACAAGUGGCUCAAGGCACCCUUCUCGCCCAGCUAGCCGGAAUGCGUUUGAUGAUGGUGUUGAAACUUCAGACACCCAGUAUGCUCAGAUGCAUCGUGAUCUGGCAGCUUUAGAUGCUUUGCGCUCUGGUGGAAAUAAGCAGGGUUUGUCUGCUGCCCAGAACUUCGGUUCCUCGGGUUCUCAUACUUAUGCUUCUGCUCUAGGUGGUUCACUGUCAAGAAGCACCACACCAGAUCCUCAGCUUGUAUCUAGGGCUCCUAGUCCUCGGAUUCCAACUGUUGGAGGAGGAAGAGCUUCUUCCACUGAUAAAAAUAAUGUCAGUGGUCAAAAUACGUAUAAUGGCAUCACAGCCAAUGUGAAUGAGUCUGCAGAUCUGGUUGCUGCAUUAUCUGGUAUGAACCUGUCAAAGAACGGCAGGAUGCAUGAAGAGAAUCUUGCACAUUCACAGAUUCAAGGUGAUAACCACUUUGAUAUGCAAGGGGAUCGGAACCAUAUCAAACAAAAUUCAUAUAUGAACAAGGCUGUAUCAUCUGCUAACUCAUACUUGAGAGGACCCUCUUUACCAGCUCUUAAUGGCAGAGGAAGCUCAGUCUCUCAUUAUCAGAAUGUAGACAAUAUGAAUUCCUCAUAUGCGAACUAUGGGUUGGCUGGGUAUCCUGUUAGUCCAUCGUCACCCUCUAUGAUGGGGAGCCCACUGGGUAAUGGUAAUUUACCACCCUUGUUUGAAAAUGCUGCUGCUGCCUCUGCAAUGAGUGGCUUGGACUCUGGAGCUUUUGGAGGAGGUAUGUCUCUGGGACCAAAUUUGUUGGCUGCAGCUGCUGAGUUGCAGAGUAUGGGCAGGGGUGGAAAUCACACUGCCGGGGGCGCUCUUCAGAUGCCCCUGAUGGAUCCUUUGUAUAUGCAGUAUCUAAGAUCAAAUGAGUAUGCUGCUGCUGCACAGCUUGCAUCCCUUCAUGACCCCACAGCAGACAGAGAAGGCAUGUAUAUGGACUUGCUGGGGCUGCAGAAAGCUUAUCUGGGACAAUUGCUUUCGCCUCAAAAGUCACAGUUUGGUGCUCCCUACAUGGGUAAAUCUGGUAGCUUGAAUCAUGGUUAUUAUGGAAAUCCAGCAUUUGGGCUCGGCAUGUCUUAUUCUGGAAACCCCCUUCUCCCAAACUCUCCCGUGGGACCAGGUAGUCCUGUUAGGCAUAGUGACAGGAACAUACGUUUUUCUUCGGGGAUGAGGAACAUGAGUGGAGGUCUCAUGGGAGCUUGGCACUCAGAAACUGGUGGAAACUUCGAUGAUAGUUUUGCAUCCUCUUUGCUGGAUGAGUUCAAGAGCAAUAAGACUAAAUGUUUUGAACUUUCAGAAAUUUCUGGCCAUGUUGUUGAGUUCAGUGCGGACCAGUAUGGGAGUCGGUUCAUUCAACAGAAGCUUGAAACUGCCACAACCGAAGAAAAGAACAUGGUUUUUGAUGAAAUUAUGCCCCAAGCCCUCUCUUUGAUGACCGAUGUGUUCGGUAAUUAUGUGAUUCAGAAGUUUUUCGAGCAUGGUUCUGCAGCACAAAUUAGAGAACUCGCUGAUCAGCUCACUGGGCAUGUGCUGACCCUAAGCCUUCAAAUGUAUGGCUGUCGAGUGAUCCAGAAGGCUAUAGAAGUUGUUGAUCUGGACCAGCAGACUCAAAUGGUCACAGAACUGGAUGGACACAUUAUGCGUUGUGUUCGUGAUCAGAAUGGGAACCAUGUCAUCCAGAAGUGUAUUGAAUGUAUACCUGAAGAUGCUAUCCAGUUUGUUGUUUCAACCUUUUAUGAUCAGGUUGUGACACUGUCAACUCAUCCAUAUGGUUGUCGUGUCAUACAGAGAAUUUUGGAGCACUGCCAUGAUCCCAACACACAGCAGAUAAUGAUGGAUGAGAUUCUGCAUGCUGUUUGCACUUUGGCACAAGAUCAGUAUGGAAAUUAUGUUGUACAGCAUGUGCUGGAGCAUGGAAAGCCAGAUGAGCGCUCAGAUAUAAUUAGGAAGCUAACUGGGCAGAUUGUUCAAAUGAGCCAGCAGAAAUUUGCCUCCAAUGUUAUAGAAAAGUGUUUAACUUUUGGAACUCUUGCUGAGCGCCAGGCCCUUGUCACUGAGAUGCUUGGUACCACUGAUGAAAACGAACCCCUUCAGGCAAUGAUGAAGGACCAGUUCGCAAAUUAUGUUGUACAAAAAGUUUUGGAAACUUGUGAUGACCAGCAACUUGAGCUAAUCCUUAACCGUAUUAAGGUUCAUCUGAAUGCUCUGAAGAAGUAUACUUAUGGGAAGCAUAUAGUUGCACGUGUAGAGAAACUUGUUGCUGCUGGAGAAAAGAGGAUUAGCAUCCUGACUCCACAAUGUCCACCUGCUACUGCUACUGCUACUGCUUAGAUGGGGCGCGCGGGAAUGAAGUUGUACAGCUAACUGAGGAUAAUAUGAGCCCCUCUCUCUUUGUUUCAUGUCUAGUAAAGGCUCUGUCUAUUGAAAUGGAUAGGAGCAAUGAAAAUAAAGAUUGUUGGUUGUACUUAAAAACUGUACAUUGUUAGUUUGAGGAUAUACCUUAGAGUAGUCGCGGCUCAGACGGUGAACACACCUGAGGCCCCUGCAGAGGAGAUAAUUUAGUGUACAAGUUUUAAGGGUGUAAAAAGCAAGGCGGUAGUAGUUUUGUGGUCGUGACUGUACAAAAAGUAUGUUACCGGGUGGAGUCCUCCAUAAGUUUUUUCCCUUGAUGUAUGCUAUUGAUGAUUUUCUAUUUCAAUUAAGGAACCUUCGCGUUGAAGGCUUUGAAUCCUUUUUUAAGUAGUUUCAGUUAUUUUGAUAAUGCUGUGCCGUAUUCAGUACUGCUGUUUUAUGAAAUGAAAUGCUUUGUUUAUUCAA